CAACACCCUCGAGAUAUUCGGGGACCUAAGAGAACGGAUAGGCUAUUCACUACCAACUCGAUCUACUAGCAAGCCUGCGCACCUAGUUCGUGACGUUGUACAAUCGGUUGCUGGUUCCCGCACCCCGUGGAGAGCAAGAACAUUUAGAUGUGUGGAAUAUUCCCUCUCGAGCUCCUCGACAGCUAAAUCUUCCUUUCCUUUCUUCACCUUACCUUCCGAUGGCCUCUAAGCACGUCUCGAGACCUCUGCUGAGGCUGGCCACUCCGGCCCAGCAAUGUCGUUCGUUUUCUAGACCUGCUGUACCUCUAUUAAGGGCACUGCCUCAACAACGAAGAAGUACCCUCAGAACAACAAGACCUCUCUUCGUCGCGGGGCAAAGACGGUCGAUAUCUGCGAGCUUACAGCGGAAGUAUGCCGAUGCCGACGAAUCCUUUGAUCCUGCUACAAUCGAUCGGGAGUCCGAUGAAGUCGAUGUCUGUAUUGUUGGCGCGGGUCCCGCAGGGCUAAGUGCCGCUAUCCGAUUAAAACAGCUUGCCAACGAGGCUGGGAAUGAAGAGUUCAGAGUGGUUGUGCUAGAAAAGGCGGGCGAGGUCGGGGCGCACAUGCUGUCUGGCAAUGUGUUGGAGCCACGCGCCAUCAACGAGUUGAUCCCAGAUUGGCUGGCAGAGGACAACGAGAACAGGUUCACGGGUGCUACGCCGGCCGGUUCGGACAAGAUGCGAUUUCUCACCAAGUCGAGUGCCAUACCGAUACCUGCUCCUCCACAGAUGCACAACAAGGGCAAUUACAUUAUAAGUCUGAGCCAGUUUGUCAAGUGGUUGGGUGAAAGAGCUGAGGAGAUAGGUGUGGAAAUAUAUCCGGGGUUCUCUGCCGCAGAGAUACUGUACAACCGCGAGGGCGCUGUCAAGGGCAUUGCGACUAAUGAUCAAGGCGUGGGACGAGAUGGGAAGGCAAAGGCCAACUUCGAAAGGGGCAUGGAAUUUCAUGCUCGGGUCACCCUCCUGGGUGAGGGCUGUCAUGGCAGUUUGACCAAGAAGGUUACGAAGAAAUACGACUUGAGACGAGACUGCCAGCCUCAGACCUACGGACUCGGCGUCAAGGAAGUCUGGGAGAUCCAGCCUGAAAAGUUCAAGAAGGGCGAAAUCUCUCACACUAUGGGCUACCCAUUGACCAAGAACACGUACGGCGGUGGCUGGAUGUACCACUUUGGAGACAAUCUUGUCAGCCUGGGGUUGGUGGUUGGCCUCGACUAUCCGAAUCCCUGGAUUUCUCCUUAUGGCGAAUUCCAACGCAUGAAAUUGCACCCGUUCUACAAAUCUGUGCUUGAAGGUGGGAAAUGCAUCGCAUAUGGUGCACGCGCUUUGAACGAAGGUGGCUUCCAAUCAAUACCGAAAUGCGCCUUUCCCGGAGGUGCGCUGAUCGGCGAUACAGCCGGAUUCUUGAAUGUACCCAAGAUAAAAGGCACGCACACGUCAAUGAAGUCUGGCAUUUUGGCCGCGGAAGCUACUUAUGAGGCUCUCAACUCGAACAAACAGGAUAGCACGAUAUUUUUGUACAACUACGAAGACGCACUGCGGUCGAGCUGGAUUUGGCCUGAGCUCCGGCAGGUGCGAAAUAUGCGACCGUCAUUUCACAACCCUCUCGGUCUGUACGGAGGUAUUAUGUAUUCUGGUCUCGAAGCGUACAUUUUCCGUGGCAUGACACCGUGGACCUUACAGCACAAGAAGCCUGAUUAUGCCAACACCAGGCCGGCAGACGAGAUGCCCAAGAUCGAAUACCCCAAGCCCGAUGGUGAGAUUACCUUUGACAUUUUGACCAGUGUAUCAAGAACGAACACCAACCAUGAGGAGGACCAGCCUGUACAUUUACAGGUCAAGGAUUGGGACGCCCAUGCUCAAAUGGACUAUCCCAAGUACAAAGGCGUGGAGAACAGAUUCUGUCCUGCGGGCGUGUAUGAGUACGUGGAGGAUGAAACGAAAGAUCUGGGUGUACGGUUCCAGAUCAAUGCGCAGAACUGCAUCCACUGCAAGACAUGCGAUAUCAAGGAUCCCAGCCAGGACAUCAAUUGGCAGACGCCGCAGGGUGGUGAGGGACCAAGUUAUAGCAUUACAUGAGUGUUACGAAUGAUACUCUGUAGGAGCACUUGUGUCAACUCUGUACAUGGUGAUACUGCUCCUUGCUUAAAAUACGUGUGCAACCAGCAUUUCAACCGUACAAUACUUCGUACUCCGUACCCCAGCCUUGUUCGUUCUCCAGUGCCCCGUUUCCUACGAGGGAUCUGGGUAGCCUCAUGUACGAUGUCUCCAGACGAGGCUGAAUGAUGGCAUUUUCUGCUCCUGAUGGCGUCAGAAGACAGAUAAGCAGCCAGCGGUUCGAUAUCGGCAGACGCUGAGUGGUCAGACUGGUCACCGGUUUGGGCGCAACCAGACAAAUACGCUACAGUACAGUACAAUACAGGAAAAGACCCGAUGUAGCCUGAAUUUCGAUUGGUUAAGCCGAGUGUGGGUGG